AUGUCCUGCCCUCCUUGCAACCAACCCUCAGCCCGGAUCACCGACGCCCUCAAUCUCAGGUUCGAUGUCGCUCUCGAUCGCGCUCGAGACCUCAAGCAGGUCGUCAUCACCAAGCUCGCCAAGCUCACCCCCCGGCACUGGGUCUGGUUCGUCGUAGGAGCGCUCUUGCUCGGCUGUACCAUCGAGGUUGUUGAACGUUAUUUCCCUCAACUAGCCCCCAAGGCCAACUCGCCCACCAAGCCCGAACCCGCCAACGAGGACGAACCCACCGCGCCGGUCCAGUUCGGACCUACCCGUCUGCCUAUGUUCGGAGAGGACGAUUGGUUCAUCUAUACGGAGAUCAGGAUCGAGGCUUGGUUGAUGCGCACCUUGAAAGCCGGUCGGGCGCCUCUUGUUGGACAGGACGAGUUUGGUGAUUGUCACGGGGAUGACCAGCGAUGUGAUCAGUGUGAAGGGCUCGACAAGGCCGACUACCCCGGUCUUGAAGUCGAGGUCGAGGUCGAGGGCGAUCGGCUCGCGGAAAGUGUUGUCGCUCCGAGUGAUGCUGUUACCACCAGUCCGGUCGUCUCGGAGCUCGACGUCUUACCCUCUAUCAGUUCCGACGUCGACCAGGUCAAGACGGUUCAACCUGCCUUUGCCUCAAGCGAGUCGCUCGUGGAGGAUCCGACGCGCAAGAAGGACGAGAUCGAGGAUCGACCGAGGUACCCGGUUCGCGAUAGGGACCUCAAUAAGAUCUUGGCGACGGUGCCGAGGAAGCGGGUCUCGGUCGAUCUCGAACUGGACAGCGAUGACGAGGCACGGGAGGCGAGUGAAGAGAGAACGAGGUAUCGGGAACAAUUGAAGAGAAGGGCCAAGCACCUGAACACGGUCAUCGAAGCUUGGAGAAAGGGUGUGCCGAUGGACGUCGAUGAACUGGACGCGCCUGCACCCAUACCUCGCCCCGCCGCACCGACUCCCCGUGCCGCCGCCGCCCGGAUCGACGUAGCGACCGAGAAGAGACGGCUUCAAAGGCUGUCGAUCCACUUGAUGCCCGAUACUCUUGAGGGCUGGACCGCGCUUGUCGGAUCGGGAUCGGAGAGGAUAGCUCCCGAUGUCGUGCUUUCGAGAUCGAGGAGACCGUCAGCUGCUCUUGUUGGUUCAGGAUCGAGGAGGCAACCGUCCGCCGUCAAACUGCCCCCUCCCGUCGACGUCGACGUUGAAAAGGCCGUGGCACAGGCCAUGUUCGAAUUCAAGACCACGGAGCCGAUCAUGAUGACCUGGGCUUGGAACGACACAGUCCCGUUGAUCGCACACCGUCGUCAUGUAUCGGCACCUACUAUGCCUCUCCCCGAACGCCCCGAAGACCGUCGUGUUUCGUUCAAAUCGUUGCUCGACUGGACUCCGAAGAAGCGCGUCGACGAGGACGAGAACAAGAAACAGGACGCGGACCAGGACGCGGACGAGGACGGGGACGAGGACCUACUCAUCCCGGCUCUCACCCAGGGGUCGUGCAGUCCGACCGGCACCGACUUGAGCACGCCGAGUACGCCGAGCACGCCCAUCCGGGUCUGUGCCCAAGCCACGGCGAUGAUCGAGGUGUCGAGAAAGUUGGCCGAGUUUCAGAAGAUGCGAACGAUUUGA